UGGUAGCUGAAGCUGAGAUCAAAUGCCCAAAAUCCGUUCCUCUCAUGAAAAUCAAUUAUCAUCUUCGCGUAACCGACGAUCGCGAUCUUCAGAUCGAUUUGCCGCACCCUUCUUCCUCACCUGUCUUUGCCGAGAAAGAAGAAGAAAAGAAAGCCAAAAGAAGAAAGAAGAAAAAGAAAGGCAGAAGAAAGAGGAAGAAGAAGAUGAAGAGGAAGAAGCCGGCGGACUAAAUAAUAAAAUUUAAAAUGUUCGAUCUGUUCGAUGAAGAACGAGAGGAAUGAGUCCAAAACGAGAUGAACGAGCGAAAAUCUACGAUGCAUGUACGACAUCGAGCAUUUUGGGGACUAAACGGACAUUUUACAUAUGGCUGACGUCAUUAGAAGGCCAAAAUUUGAGUGUUUUUGAAAGUUGAGCCAAAUUUCAAAUGGGCCUCGAAAUUUGACCCAUCCUUACAAAUUUCCCCUUCUUGAACCUACUUAAUUUCCUUUAUUUUUGUCUCCAUUUCUAUUUUCAUACUUUCCUUUGUCUUGCUUGAAUGCGACUCAGCACAAUUUGAUCUUAUUUUUAUUUGGGGCCUUCAUAAAACAUGAGAGAGUGAGGGAGAGCUUUUAUUUAGCUAAAAUGCUCUGGUCCAAUGCGAUGAAAGUUUUCCUUUUGCUUCUUUGAUAAGAAAUGAAUUUUGGAUCAUUUCUGAUAUUUAUAAUUUUUCUUUUGAUAUACAUGAGUGUUCAGGCUAGCUUAUGCAUACCUCGACUAAUCUCACGGGACAACUGUCUGACCUUACAACAUUUAGAUAUCAAUAAAACCCAUAGGAUAUUAAAUCCUAGGUAGGUGGCCAACAUGGAUUGAAUCUAGGACCUCUUAGCCUUUUAUCAAGGUCAUGCUCCCUUAUUUACCACUAGGCCAACUUAUGAUAUUUCUAAUAUUUAUAAUUCUUUUGUAAAUUUUGUGAUGGGUCAAAUGUACAGCCUCCCAUUGGAGUGCUAUUCACAAUUCCUUUUGAAGAUCCCCUUAUUCCUUAUCAACUUAGAUUGGGGGUCUUCUAUUUGAUUCUGCCCGAUUUUUAUUUGUCUUAAUUUUUUUUUUUUUCUGUGUAUUAAAAGCAAGGCUUUGGUAAUUGAAGGGGCUAGGUUUCUGCUCGGGAGAAGGUCUCCUGUGUAUUAUUGAGCCCUCUCUCCCUCCAUUGGUUGGUGUUGUGCUGUAGGUGUGUUAGAUUAACUUGGCGAGGAGAAGGGUAUAGUAGAGUAGAGCAUGGCUGAGAGCUUUAGGUGCAUGCUUCAUCUUAAAUCCUUUAAAGAGGAAAAAUCUCCUCACACCUGUUGUGAGCAGACUUUGAACAACCCUGUACAGUUCUAGUAACUAUGAUAAAACUUCAUUCGGUGGGAGAGGCAUGUUGAAUUGAAAAGUUUCAUCCUCGAAGUCGAUCCUAACAAUGGAAUAAUAGUUGCAAUGUUAUAUAGGUUGGGAGGGUUUCUUUCACGAUUUCUGUUGAUUUUAUUUUUUCUGCUACAAGUUGGACUUAGGAAAAGCAAUUUUGUGGGCUAUUACUAAUGAGCAUGAAGAGAUUUUCUACCCUCAUGUGGUUUAUCUUCAGUUUAUCUUUUUCAAAUUAAUGGUAAUAGGGCAUUGAGGGAUGUCAACCCCUCCAUAUAUGCCCUCAUUCUCAAUAAAGAAGCCUCUAUAUUUAUGGUCUAAUGUAUCAGCAUCCUGGAAUUUAAAGUGUAGAAGACAUGUAGGAGACUGAAAUUGUUGAAUGAGCAAGACUCUCACAUGCCCUUUCUAAUAACUGAGAGGUCAGUAGGUCAUUCUGGGAAUGGAACUUAGACAAGAUUGGUUUCUCUUCAAAACUCCUCCAGAACCUUUGCAUCGAUGGGUAUUCAAGGCAGUUAGUUGCUCAGAUAUUGUUGAAGAUGUGCAUAUAAAAUCAACUGCCAUAGAUUUUGUUCCAAACAUUCGAUCUGGUAGCUAUGCAGACAUUGGAGCUCGGGAUUCUAUGGAUGAUGAACAUGUCUGCAUUGAUGAUCUGUCUGCCCACCUCAGAUCUGUGUUCAAAUGUUCUAUGCCUAAUGGUUUCUAUGCUGUUUUUGAUGGUCAUGGAGGGCCUCACGCAGCUGCUUUUCUCAAGAGGAAUGCCAUGAGAUUAUUCUUUGAAGAUGCUGAUUGGUUAAAAAUGCAGGACAUUGAUUCUAUUUCCCUGAAAGAUUUGGAGAACUCUCAUCGCAAAGCAUUCCAACUGGCAGAUCUUGCCUUGGCUGAUGAGCAAAGUGUUAGCAGCUCGUGUGGGACAACUGCAUUAACGGCGUUGGUUCUUGGGAGGCAUUUGCUUGUUGCAAAUGCCGGUGACUGCCGAGCAGUCUUAUGUAGGAAAGGUAUAGCAGUCCCAAUGUCUCAAGAUCACAGACCUUCUAAUUUACUUGAGCUCAAGCGAGUGGAAGGGAUGGGUGGGUUCGUAGAUGAUGGGUAUGUUAAUGGCUAUAUUUCAGUGACCAGGACCUUAGGGGAUUGGGACCUGAAAUUACCAAAUGGGUCCUCAUCACCUCUCAUUGCUGAUCCACAAGUGGAGCAUGUUAUUUUAACAAAUGAUGACGAGUUCUUGAUUCUUGGCUGUGACGGGAUUUGGGAUGUUAUGUCAAGCCAAUAUGCUGUCAGUCUCGUUCGACGUGGGUUGAGGAAGCACAAUGACCCUCAUCAAAGUUCUCGAGAAUUAGUCCAGGAAGCUUUGCGUCUCAACACAUCAGAUAAUCUUACUGCAAUUGUAAUCUGCUUUUCUUCUCCGAGCUGCGUUCCUCAGCAGCGAAUAUGCAAGUCAUGUAAUCUGACAGAGGAGGCUACAAGUAGAUUGAGGAGCUUGUUAGAAGGUAACUGAUUAUCGCAUUUUCAAGCAUAAUCAAUUCUGGUCUGUUUAUGAUUUUGCUUCAGAAGAAACCCAAAAAAAGAAAAAAGAUAAAAAAAAAAGCAGCCAGCAGUUUUGUAGGGAUACAGAGAAACUGAUUAACAUGACUGCGGUCAAUUAGAUUUUGGAACUAGCCAACCUAAUAGGAAUUUUGUUCCCUCCGGCAUUAUUUGUAAAGUGAUAAUGAGAAGCUUUUUGAUCCCCUGGAGGCCUCGGAAUUUGGCCUUCUUUUUGUUUAUUUUAUGUGUUUCUGUCUUUCUUUGGAUUUUUAGUUGAACAAAGCAUGUAGCACUCUAGAAGGCUGAAAUGGCAUAAAACAAUGGUGCCCAUGCAUUUUGUUUCUUUUUUGUUAAUUUUCUUUCAGAUUUAAAAGAUUGCGGGAUUGAAAGAUAUAACCAUCGAUAUUUGAGAUGGUAAUUAGUAUCUUAUCUAUCGAGCUGAUUCAACUAUUUCUGUUCAA